AUUUGCCUUUUUAUUCUAUUUAUUACAAAUCUGCCUGCGUUCUCGUCAACUUGGUGAUUUUCGCGCGUUAGGAACCAUUACUCGUGAGCUUCGUUUCCACCCGGACGGACGCAUUGAAUCUACGGUGUCCUCGGAUUUUCCUUCCGUGCCCCCGUAUGCUAGCGUCCAAGAUGGAGUCCGUCAACAAAGCUGGACAUCUGAUGAGUCUAGCGGCUCUGCAGCAGUACGACCCUUACAUUAACAAGCUGCUCGAUGUCACCGGGCAGGUAGCGCUGUAUAAAUUCAACUCCAAAGCGAACGAAUGGGAGAAAACUGAUAUCGAAGGCACCUUAUUUGUGUAUGCAAGGUCCGCAUCCCCACAUCACGGUUUCACCAUCAUGAACCGUCUAAGCACGGAGAACCUGGUGGAGCCGAUCAAUAAGGAUUUGGAGUUUCAGCUUCAGGAUCCGUUUCUGUUGUACAGGAAUGCCAGCCUGGGAAUCUACAGUAUCUGGUUCUACGACAAGUCCGACUGUCAGCGCAUCGCACAGCUGAUGGUACAAAUAGUGAAGCAGGAGACACUGAGGGCCCAACAGGCUUCUCCAGAUCGAGGCCGAACGAAUGGUUGUGUGGAGACGAGACCGAUGGACAUCCUGGAGCUGCUGAGCAAAGCCAAAGAGGAGUACCACAGGGUGAACACAGAUGUUACUCCAGACCCUGUAAAAGUAGAGAGCAUGAAGCCCACGGUUAUUGCUGCACAGCAGGAGAAGCAAACACACAGUGUGGUAAAGCAGAUCACAGUGGAGGAGUUGUUUGGAAGCUCUUUACCCAAAAACCCAACCCCUCCAGCCGAAUCCAUUUCUGACAGUUUCCUGCGUGGAAUAGGCUACGGCCCUCCUCCCGUACCCAUGGAGCCCAUCCUCACACAGUGUCUGGCAGCCAAUCCCCUGCUCCCUCAGCACUCUAUCUCUCCUGGUUUAAUGGCGCAGGCCGGGGCGGAGAACGUUCCAGCACUUGGCAGCCAUCGUAAGCAGACUGGGCCUCAGGCUGCGCCUCAGUAUAUAAAUCCAAUGAAAAACGAUGGCCGUGGGAUCCCCAAGCCGACAGCAGUGCCGGGCUUUAUGCCCAGCGCACUGGUCACGCCACAAAGUUUCCGAGAACCUACACCCAUAGCACCAGCCGUUUUCACCAGCAAACCCGCAGCAUCUGUACAAACAAAAGAAGCUGGUAGUUUUGCACAGCCCCAAGCCCCAAAUCUUGUAAAACCCAUUCCAACCAAGGCGGGGCUAGGUGUGCCAGGGGCGGAGCCGUCGUUCCUGCUUUCCCCCAGCGUGUUCCAGCAGUCCACUACAAAAGCACCAGAGCUGCCAAGAAAUCCUGGUCCUCCACCGUCCCCUCCUGCGUCUCUUGUGGCUGGAGAGCUUCCCUCAACAGUGUUCAGCAAGGCACAGCUACAAGACGUUCUGAUACAUUUGAUAAAGAACGACGCUCAAUUCCUCAGCACAAUCCACGAAGCAUACCUGCAGAGCCUCACCAAAGACCUCAGCAAUGUCAAACUAUAGCUACUGACCCCAAACUCCCGGACUGCGUGCUCUUACUCUCAGCCCAGGCGGCUGCAUUUAGGACCGGACCGACCCGACCCGUACUGGCGUGCUGGUUUUCUCGCUGUAUCAUAGUCCCUGAAGGACAAAUCCAAACGCACACCACUUCUUUGUCUUUCAGCGCUACUGUGCAAGAAUGCAAGCUUCAGGAUGACCGCAUAUAGCCAACAUCUGAGCCCUGGCUAGUACAAAAUCACCAAGGGGGGACACACUUAUUGAUUCUUAUGCCUAAACAUUGUAAAGUCUGGUCACACAGUUCCCUGUCUGUCCUUCAUUCCGUGUCGAGACGAUUGUUAUGGCUUAACCAAGGAAAGCAGGAGCAAAAUCAAAUUUUUGUAACCGCCAUGUUGAAGAGAUGCAUUUUUUUUUUCCCCCUCUGAUUUGUCAAUGAAUGAUGAAACAUUUUAUUUACAAUGAACUCAGGAUUAAUUUUAUGUUUUAAUCUUAUGGCGUAUCUUUAUCAGUAUCUUUAAUAGAACAGCACCCAACCAGAGGCGCCUCAGUGCGCGUAUUUAAAUUCACCUCGCCCUGAAUCGCAUUUGGAGUCAACCCGAUUUUCUCUAUAUCUCCAGUUCAUUAGUCCACUUCUUCGAUGCCUGUGGGAAUACAAAUCACAGCACCUUGUAGUCAUUGUUAAUGACCCUGCCUUCUGGCACAGGGCUGCACACUCGCUAUUAAGGAUACUGUUAAGAUGCUUUAUAAGGAUACUUGUAUCGUGGGAAGCUGUUGUAUUAAAUCCUCCUGAUACUUCUAUUCAUAUCGAUUUAGUUUCGCGCCACCCGUUCCCCCGUGUGAUGGCGUACACAGUUUAACAAAAUAUUCCCAGACCAAUACCAGUGUCAUUUCUCUGCUUCCUUAGUAACCAUGUUAAUAACUAAAACAAUUCUCCCUGAUUAAGUUUUGAAGAGUUUUUGGGGAAGACACUGCACUUUUUCUUGGUCAUGUUUGUCCCAUUGUUCUAGAAGCGACCUAUUGUAACCCCGAUCGAAUACACCAGCGCUUGUGAAGCAUUUGAAACCGCAGUAGUGUUACUGCGAUACACUUUGUUUGCACUGGAAAACAGUACGAUUAUAUAGUGAUGAAUUAGAUUGAUUAGGAAAUAAAGUGUUCCGAGUAACAGAAUACCUCCUUUCACCAUUUUAGUCUGGAAUCCAGGACGAGCGGGAAGUUAAAAUAAAGUGGAGCUCGCGCUUUAUACGAUAGCAGACAGGCGUACCUAAUAAAUGGACGGUCCAUUGCGCACCCUGUUAAUGGUUUAUCAAAUGCCAGAUACAUCAUAAAAAUCUGCAGUGGCAUAUGACGAUUCGAGUCUAAAGCCUUUUCUAAGAUAUUGAUCAAUUCCUCCACUGUGUGGCGCUUUGUGGUUGUUGUUUUUUUCCGGUUGUAUUUGUUUGCUCAGCUUUGCUAAUUCAGUCUUUUUUUUUUUGUUUUAUUUUUGUUUUGACAAGUGUACAUUUAAGUAAAGCCUUUUUUAAUGCAUUUUUUUAAACUGUAUAAUCCUGUUUAUUGAUUUAAUAUCUCCUCUUUAUGUAUAUUUUCGGCCAGCUAAAUUACACGUACCUUUCAGCGCUGAUUAAUGAAGACUUUUGAGUUUGCACACAAACGCCAGCAGGGAAAUUCAGGAAACUGAAGCAGUGUGGCGCAGAAUGAGUUCUAACUAAUAAUUUAACUAAAGUAACCAAGUGGAGCUUUCAGUUGUGUUCUCAUUUGGAAGCUUGAAUGUGUCUUAUAGGCAGCUCUCUUUCCCUCCUCAUGUUACUUCAUUUAAAGACCUAAAAGGUUUUCAUAUACCCCAAUUGUAGUACAAGAAAUGACACCUGGUGCCCAGUUUUUGUUUCCUCACAUAGACGUUCAGCUACAUGAUGUUUUAUUAUGGUUUAUAGCUAAAGUUAAUAUUCUUUGCACUACUUAAAAAUGAAAUUAUUGGAUUGGAAAUAUCAGCGUCAUAAAGUCAGUGCAGCACAAUCCAGUCUACAUUUGCGAUGAUUAAGCCUUUUUUUUCUUUUUUAAAUUUUAGUUUUAUUUCCAUAUCUCAUGCAUGUUGUUCCCUUUUGUAAUUUCAUUUUGUUAUUGCUUUCGUUUUUUUUUCCCCCUCAGAAAAUGUAUAAGCAAUUAUCAGCAUCCAAGAAUCUCAAAUCUGUUCAAACGCAUGGCACUAGAGUGUGUGCUGAUGCAAACAGGUUGCGUACCGCUAACUCAUUAUCCUUUUUAAAGUUCUUUAAAUACUUCUGUUUGGCUUGUUCAAUGUACAAUAAAACCUUUUCUGUUACCUCUCCUCA